AUGCGCACCUCGUUUAGUAUCACCUUUGCUCUCAUUGCUGCCAGCUUCAGCUCUGUUGGCGCAAUGGCCAGUGGUGGCCUGCGUGGCGUGAACGACGUCGGAUCAGAGGAGCGCAAGCUCGAUCAAAUCGAUGGCUCUGGGUCUGAUGAUUCGAUCAUCUGGGUUGAAGGCAGCAAGCCUGAAUCAGAGCGCGAAUACACAAACUACCAUCAUGGUCAUCAAAAGAAGGUCUGCCAGAUCAACUUCCCGAAGAAUUGCUGGUACGUCGAUAUUUUCGACCAGUAA